AUGGCCCAACUUGCAUUUGCCUAUCACACUAAUUGCUCUAUUUCGGCCAGAUCUCUUCACGACAUGAAAUCGCAUGGCUUAUUCGAUAAAGCACUAGAUAUUCCUCGGAAUUUACCGGUUUUGCUGCCAGUUAUUGCCGUGAAUAUCAUAUGCUGAUUUCCUACUACUCCUUGUGGCGGUAGAUCUGAAGUUGUACGAAGACACGCGGAUGGCUUACAGUAUACCCAACACAAGCCCAACACUGUGGCGCGUGCUUCGAGACUUCCGCAUCCAUGUACUGGCUGGUCCGCGACGCGCCCCUUCCAAACAAACUCCGGACAUGAACAUCUUUCAAGUUG